CCCAACCCCCUCCUCCCCCUUUGUGUGGGAGGCCAAAUCGGCGAAUAGAUCCGUCCCAAAAAAUGUCGAUACAGACUGGAUUAUGAUUGCGUUUCUCUACGUGAACGCAAUUAUUUUACCCGUCGGUGAAAAAGUACUCGUGGCUAGUGUAAAAUAAAGAUGGUAAUUUCAUAUAGUGCAAAAUCUGUACGAAAGUUUGGAAGUCUAACGGAAUGAGCGUGGAUUUCUAGUGCAGAAGUUUUCAAUAUUCCACUUUCUUCUCCAAGAACACAUGCUACUUAUCCACAUAGACAAGACUCGUGCUCAUGGCUCUGAGACUCAUAGUUUUCCGGCUCUGUGAGUCCCAGGACUUUUCUAGAUGGAUCACUGUUCCAUGUGAGGCGACAUAAUGCAGAAGUAAAGGAAAAACAAAAGCAAAACAAUAUUAUUUUUGGACGGCUUUUUUAUCAUUGCUAAGAAAUAAUUGUAAAACGUAAAUACCACCACAAGUUCAUACACAAAAUGUUAUUUUGUUAGAUUAUGCAGUCAGUGAUGUCAUGUUUUAUAGGUGGUAGGUCAUGUAAUUUUCGGCCUUCAUUUAGGGGUGGGUCACUCAGUUUUGUGCCAAAUAGUAGGGGUUGGUCAUGUGUUUUUUAUCCACGCAUUUUGAAAUGCUCCGGGAUCCGGCCCACCCCACCUUAUACUUUUUGACCAUUCCCUGAGUAAAUUUUUCAGAGACUAAAACAAAUUGCACGAGAGCCCGUACGCAGGGAUGGCGGAGCCGGCGGAGGGGGGUAGGGGGGGGGGCUGCUGUCUGUACUGUUUGAGAUUACAGUCGAGCCCCUAUUUAAGUAAAGGGCCACCCUCGGGGAAUUGGGGUUCGUGUUCUUGUACUUUUUUUUAUAUCUGGUUAAUUGCUUAGUGAACGUAGAAUCUCGUCAAGACGAUCAUUAUAAACGUCUGUUGGAAUGUUUUUAUCAGUCGUCAAAUUCUAAUGCGGACUGUUAUCAGUCUUUUCGAAAAGAAAGCCAAACUACGUGUGUUAAAUUUUAGGUGGCCGGUUAAAGGGACAGUAAAAAAAACUCCCUCAUCGGGACAACCAAAAUAUGACCGCGAUUCAAAGAGGUAGCCGAUAAACAGGGGUUUUAUUUACAGUAUUUUUCUGGCAAUUACUUCAGGACGUUCGAAUUUAAUUAACUUGCUCUCAGCCAAUCAGCAUGCUGAAAUUAUACAGCUAUUGAUCGCCCGCUCAGGAGAUCAGAGAACAAUUACUUCGGACUUAGUCACUUUGAUAAAUUGACGAGCUCUCAACCAAUCAGCAUACUGAAAUUUUGGUACGUAUAUAAUAUACACAAAUAUUAAACGUUCGCUCAGGUGGAAAGUACUUGUACGGAUAUUGAGAUCCAAGUUUUCCUUCUGACUUCGUUCUUUUGGAUUAUGGAUUUUUCGACAUUCGAGUAUCUAUGGAUUGCAGCACUCAUUGGAGUGGUUCUGUUGGUGGCUUGGUAUGCAGUGGCUCCCUUUUCUACCUUUAAGAAAUUGGGUAUACCUGGUCCUCCCCCAUGGCCAUUUGUUGGAAAUCUUCCUGAAAUAAGCAAGAAGCCUGGUCAGCCAUUUUUAGUUGAAAAGGAAUUAGCUGAAAAAUAUGGAAGAGUUUUUGGGUAUUAUCUUGGACGCAUCCCUGCAUACAUGAUAUCAGAUGUUGACCUUCUUAAGCAGAUUCUUGUCAAAGAAUUCAGUAAAUUUCCCAAUAGACCACUUGCGAAUUUUGGAGGCCAGGGUAUGAGCAGCAGGAAAGGGUUGUUACAACUUGAGGAUGAGGACUGGAGGAGAAUCCGUACAACAAUUACUCCAACAUUUAGUGCUGUUAAAUUGAAGCAGGUUGGUGCUGCCAAUCACUUGAGAUUAGCAAAGGAUCAAACAAACAUAAGGUGUUGGCCUUGAUGUAAAUAACCCAUGGAUAUCUAUGUUAGGAAAUAAUAUUCCCUAUUCCCUCC